AUGUAAAAUCAAGCUGGAUGGAACUUGCUACCAAAUCCAAUUAUUUUCGACAUUAAAGAGAAAACAACUUCUUUUUGCUUAGCUUAAUUACCUGCUUAAGCCCGAAAAGUUAAGCUCUUUAUAGCUCUACAAUCUGGAGAAUGUAAAGGAGAUCACACUGUUACUUGGAGUUUAUUUACAAAGGUAGAUAAAAUUAAAGUUAUGGGACAUCCAUAUCAUCAAGGUGCUUGGAAUACUUCUAGUGACAAUUGCACCUUACGACUUGAUGAUAGUAAAAUAAUUGAAGUAAGUAAAUGUGGCAGUUUUCCUAAGGGAAAUUUUUCAAUUUAAGUAGAAGUAUUAGGAUAUAAAUGA